AUCAUCGACAUCAUCAUUAAUUACAUGGACCAUAUUGUUUUAUUUUCAAAUGAUGAUCAUCAUAUCGUCGCCUUAUUUUCCAAUAUUUAAUCCAGUUUUAGCUAUAAAAAAUUCUGCUGCUACUGCAGGUGGUGAUGGUGAUAAUAACAAUGUUUUAGGUUUAAAAUUAAAUACUUUUAUACCACAUUUUGAGCCAUUAUAUUAUGAUCGUCAUAGAUUAUUACAUCAAUAUACAAGAUUAAAACGAAAUAUAAAUGAACGUAAACAAAAAGAUGAUGAUCGUAUGACAAAGAAAAUGAAUAUGGCACAUGAUGAUAAUGGUGAUGAUGAUGAUGUUGGAACAAUUGGAACCAGUCCAACUACAACUAAAACUGCAAAUAAUACUACUACAUCGGUACCUGUGAUAAUGAAUUCCAGUGUCGAUAUUAGUAAUAAUAAUAAUAAUAAUAUUGCAAUUAGUAAUCAACAACAACAACAACAAAUACAACGUGAUUUAAUGAAUUUUACAUCAACAACAGCAACAAAAAUAUCAUCAACAAUGAUACCAUCAUUAACUACAACAACCGUUACAAAUACAAUAAUGAAUCUUACGACUAUUGCCUUUUUUCGUCAUAAUUGUCCAUUACCAUUAUAUGAACAUGAUGAUGAUUUUGAUUUUAUUGUCGAUGAUAAUGAUCAACAAGAACAUUCUGAUCAUCAUCAUCAUAUUCGUUUAGAAUUUUCGGCUCAUAAUCGUAAAUUUCAAUUAUUAUUAAAAAGUCAAAGUGAAACUGUUUUUGCUCAAGAUAUUAUGAUUGAAUCCACUGGUAAUGAACGAUUCACAUAUGAUAUGACAAAUGUUAUAAUUGGUCAUCUUGAAGAUGAUGAAGAUUCAACGUUUGUUGGUAUUAUUACUAAAAAUGGUCUAUUGGAUGGUCAUUUGCAAACGAAAUAUGAAGAAUUCUAUAUUGAACCAGCUGAACGUUAUUUUGAUCUCAAUUUUGGAAAUUAUGAUUUUCAUUCAGUUAUCUAUAUUAGUGGUGAUGUAAAUUUUCCAUUGAAUGCAACACACGGUGCUGCAACAAUGGCUAAUAAUGAUCAUCAUAAUUUUUUUGCCAAUGAUGGAACAACAUCAACAACAGCAUCAUUCUUUGUACAUUAUAUUCCAUUGUUUAAUCCAUUCCAAACAACAACAACUGCCGCUACUGUUGGUGGUGGUGGUAAUUGGCUUUCUUCAUUCCAUCAAAAUAAUUUUGAUUCAUAUCAUGAUGAUGCUUUAGUAGAUCAAACAAAAAUGAAACGAAGACAACGACGUUCUACAAAUAUUUCAAAAGCUCAUAUUAUGUCAAUGAAUGGCAAUAAUAAAAGUUCCAGUUUAAUGGAUGAUAAUGAAACAACAAUUUUGGAAACAAUUACCAGUAGCAGUACGGCAAGAAAUGAUAAUAAUGCAAGAUUAAUCGAUGAUGAUCAUCAUGGUGGUGGUGGUGAUAAACAGCAACAGCCACGACAAUUGAAACAAAAACAACAACAAAGUGGUAGUAGUAGUAGUAGUAAUCAUGGUAUUUAUUGGCGUGAUAUGGAUUCAUUACAUUAUACGGAAUCAGAACCAUACGGUAUAAAAGCAGUGCAUCCACGUACCCAUUGGAUCGAUGACCAACGACAUCAUGAUCGUCAUGUUGUUGUGGAUCCGAAAAAAACAACUUGUAUGCUAUAUCUGCAAGCUGAUCAUUUGUUCUAUGAAAAAAUGGGCAGCGAAGAAGCAUGUAUUGAAUCAAUGACACGUCAUGUACAAAAAGUUAAUAAUAUCUAUAAAAAUACUGAUUUUGAUCAAGAUGGUCGUCCAGAUAAUAUUUCAUUCUUGAUUAAACGUAUCAAAGUACAUACAAUGGAAGCAUUAAAAGAUCCUGAAUAUCGUUAUCCGUCCACUUAUGGUGUGGAAAAAUUUCUCGAGCUUUUUUCUGAAGAAGAUUACGAUGCAUUCUGUCUUGCCUAUAUGUUUACCUAUAGAGAUUUUGAAGGUGGAACAUUAGGACUUGCAUGGACCGGUGAUCUUAAAAAUGCCGGUGGUGUUUGUGAAAAGAAUGGGCAUUAUCGUGGUAGCCUAAAGAGCUUAAAUACAGGCAUCGUUACAUUGCUCAAUUAUGGCAAACAUGUGCCUCCCAUUGUAUCGCAUGUUACAUUGGCUCAUGAGAUUGGUCAUAAUUUUGGAUCACCGCACGAUCCUGAAGAUGAUCAUGCAUGUACACCGGGCGGUGAAAAUGGCAACUAUAUAAUGUUUGCAAGAGCUACAUCCGGUGAUAAACGUAAUAAUAAUAAAUUUUCACCAUGUUCAUUACGUAGUAUCAAUGCUGUAUUGAAUACAAAAGCCAAAAGUUUAAAAGGAUGUUUUCAAGAACCACAAGAUGCAAUAUGCGGUAAUGAAGUUGUUGAAGAUGGUGAAGAAUGUGAUUGUGGCUGGGAAGAAGAUUGUAAAGAACCAUGUUGUUUUCCAAUGCGUGCCAAUUCACCACCAGAUGAGCCACCAUGUCGAUUACGUCCAAAUGUGAUUUGUAGCCCAAGCCAAGGUCCAUGCUGUACACAGGAUUGUAAAUUAAAAGUUGGCAAUAAAUGCCGUGAUGAUAAUGGCUGCCGUACAGCAAGCUAUUGCAAUGGUCAAGGUCCACAAUGUCCACCAUCAACAAAUAAAGCAAAUAAAACAAUCUGUAAUGAAGAAUAUGUUUGCUAUAUGGGGGAAUGUACUGGUUCAAUAUGUAUGGCAUAUGGUCUUGAAUCUUGUCAAUGUAAACAAGGUCCAAAUGAUUCACCAGCAAAACUUUGUGAAUUAUGUUGUCGUAUGCCUUCUGAUGAUAGUACUUGCAAAUCUUCAUUUGAAUGGAAUACAAGUCCAUAUGAUGUACCGGAUCUUUAUGCUAAACCUGGUACACCAUGUGAUAAUUAUAAUGGUUAUUGUGAUGUAAAUCAACGUUGUCGUGAAGUUGAUCCAUCCAGCCCAUUGGCAACAUUACGUCGUUUAUUAUUAUCAAAUGAAUCGAUGGCAUCAUUGAAACGUUGGUUCAAUGAACAAUGGUUCUAUGUUGCCGUAUUGAUUCUAAUCACUGUUCUUAUAUUGUUAAUGGCAUAUAAAGUAUUCAAUUCACGACGUUCACUUCGAUUAACUAAAACUGAUAUUAUGGAAGUUGCAUUAGAAGCAGUUGCUAAACAUCAACAAGAACAACAACAAGCUGCCGCUGCACAACAAGCUCAACAACAACAACAACAACAAGCACAACAACAACAGAAUUGCAAUAAUAAUAAUAAUAAUACGACAUCAGAAUCAUCAUCCAUUGGAACCAAUUCAACAACAGUAGCGACAACAUCAUCUCAAGCUAUUCAUCUUCAAUCAUCAAUUAAAUCUACAAAUUCUAAUACUACUGCUAAUUCUGUGACAAAUACACCAGGUUCCAAUUCUGGUGGAAAUGUUUCAUCAUCAAAUAUAACAAAUUCAAGUACUUUAUCAUCAACAAAAACAUUAACAUCAACAACAACAACAACAACAACAACGACACCAACAUCGACAGCAUCUAAUCAAACAAAUGUGAAUCAAAUCAAUGCAAGUCCAUCAAUCCAUAAUAAUAAAAAUUUAAAUAGUGCAAUACAACAACGUAAUUCGAUUGAUUCACAAUCAUCAUCAUUAAUAAUGGAUUCUUAUAGUCAUGGUAAAUCUUAUUGUUCAGCUGCUGUUGCUGUGAAUUCAAAUGUUGAAUCAACUUAUUCAUCAUUAUGUUCAUCAUCUAAUAAUCAAUCAAUGCAACAAAAUACAUAUAAUCUUGAUUCGAUUGGAUCAUCAUCAAAUGCUAAAUCAAAUUAUCAUCAAUUUGAUUCAUCAAAACAUCAUGGCCAUCAUCAACAACAAUCAAAUCUUUAUGGAACAAAUAAUGGUGGUGGUAGCAACAAAAUUGGACAAACAUCAAAAACACCAUCACAUGCUUUAUAUUUUCCGUCAACAAAUAGUAAACAACAACAAAAUUCAGCAUUAUAUCAUCAUCCAUUCUCUGCUACAAAUACCGUUGGUCAUAAUAAUAAUGCUGUCAUAAAUUCCAUUUAUGGAUAUACAACAACCGGUGGACAUCAUAAUCAUCUUCAUCAUCAAAAUCAAUCAAAUAGUCAUCAUCAUCAUUCAAUACCAUCAUUAUAUCAUCCAUCGGCGACAAUGUUUGGUUAUCCAUCGCAAUCAUUGAUACCAUCACAAGCACAAGUUCAAGCACAUCAUCAAUCUUAUUAUGAUACAGCUGCUGCUGCUGCUGGUGGUGGUGGUGGUGGUUUGGCUAUUGUUGGUCAUCAUAAUCAUCCACAUUAUGGAACAACCACUGGAGCUGUAGCAGCAGCCGCAACUUAUGAACCAACUUAUGGUCGUAGUUAUUAUGGUUAUACGGGAGGAAAUAUAAGAAAUUAUCCUACACCAUCGGCUAUUAGUUAUUAUCAACCAUCUACUAUUUAUGAUUAUUUACCAUAUCCGAAUCAAACUGUAGCUUCUGCUACUGCAUCGGCCACUGCUAAUACUCAACAACAAAUUAGUUCGGGUAAUAAACCACCACCAUUACCUUCAAUGGCAACUCAUCCAAGUCUUUUGGGUACAACAACAAGUGGAUUAAAUCAAACGAAAAAUUCCUUGUCAUCAUCAUCAUCGUCAACAUCGGCAACACCAUCACAGAAUAAUACAAAUGCUAUUGAUCCAUAUGUACCAACAACCACAAGAAGAUUAUAUUCUUCAUCUAAAGAUACAUCUACUAAUAAUUAUGGUACUACUACCACUACUACAAUGACAAAUCAACAACAAACAAAAUCAAAUUCAAAUUCAAAUCUACAUCAUUUUUAUUAUUAUCCAUCAUCAUCA